AUGUAUGCGGACAAUUUUAAGGCCUUAUUGGCUUUUGCACCGGUGAACGACCUGCGAAUGUCACUGAUGACGCCCUUGGAGUCGUAUAUUCGUCUUGGGAACGACCUAGACGAGCGGAGAAAGACGAUUCUGUCGCUACGCAAGGAAAAACUGGACAUGACGUACAAGUUCAUUGAGCACAAGACACUAGGGAUGGACUGCUCCCACCCUCACGAAUUCUCGGACAUGUUCGACAAAUUUGGCAAACAUUACUGUGUGAAUUUCACCAUCUCCAGAUACGACGGAGUCAGCAUCUACCAAGUAGCACGCGGCAUCUACAAUCAACUCACAGAAAAAGACGAAGCGCUGAAUGAAGCGCUAGGAAUCACUGCGUCGCGCGAGUCAACUGGUACGCUCAAGUGCAACUUCAUGCACCAGCGUAUUAUUGCAAGACGGAAAAUCGACAGUAGAAUGCCCGACAUGGAGUCGAAUGGCGUUUUUUACUGUCGGUUUGGAGACAAGUUAGCAGUGCUAGCUACUGACUACGUCGACCACGAUGAACUACAUCCAUACGACGAGUUGAAUCGCAUUCGGAAGGAUAUGUCGAGCGGUGUGGUGCUCACAGCGCACGAAGAUGCAGACAGCAAGAGAUUCGUCGUGAUGAAGAGAUAUUUGAUGGCCAAGCUGCACAUGUACCCGCACAAGGUCUCUCAGAAACAACAAGAUGACUUCUUCCGGAGCUUGUUUCAUUCCCACGACAGCAUGAAGAGGCUCGUUGUGGACCGCGUACUGCAACAUAGUGACACGGGGUGCUCGUGUACGGGUGAUACGACGAGCUGCUGCUGUGCAAGUGACGAGGCCAGCAUUCCUUGUGGAGGCCACGGGAUCGCACAGGUGUCUGUUUAA